UGCUCUACCUGACUGCCUCCGCUGAUGACACGCCUGCCCCCACAUCUCCACCUACCUCUGUCCUGGGAGGAGCUUUGCAAUGCGACAGGUGGAACUCUCCUCUCUCCGCACACAAGAAGUAUUACAAGGAAGACGCAAGGAGAGAGAGUGUGUGAGCGCGUGUGUGUGCAGAGCCUCCAGAGAUGUCCAAGAAGCCGUCUCCAAUCAAAAUCAGCACGAGCGAUGCUGCUAAGCUAGCCGAGGUGAUUAGUCGCAUGCAGAAAUGUGCAGACCAGGUAGAGAAGGACAUCCUCCUGUCAGAAGAUCUGUUGGCUAAGGACCAAGAACGUGAGGUGAAGAAUCUCUCGUUCCUGCACCAGAAUGAAUGUGCAGACAAACUGGGGGAGGCCGAGGGGCUGCUCAAAGACCUCUUCAUGGAUGUGGACAAGGCCAAGAAACUGGGACAUCCACAGGUUAAAGAGAUCGAGCGAGAUGUGAAGAACCUCCAUGAGCGCUGGGCCAAUGACUGUGCAGUCUACAGAGACGUGUACGACCAAGUGCAAGACCUAGAACUCAAGCAAAAGAUCGACUGGGGACCAUUACUCGACAGCAAACUGAGGCAGUUGGAGAAUCAGGAGUUUGGUCCCAGCCUGUCCGAUUUGGAGAAGCAGAUGGCCACUCACAAAAUUAUGCAUCAGGAGAUAGAGGCCUACAGCAACCAGCUACAGCCUGGUCCCACCCUCUCACAGGAUAAGUACAAUGCCUUGAAGAACAAAUACGACCAGCUGUAUUCGAGGUCAGUGCAGCGGCGCACCCACCUCUCCUCUCUGUACGAGUACAUGCAGAGCUGCAGUAAGGAGCUGGUGUACCUGUCCAGUCAGCAGGACAGGAUCCUCAACAGGGACUGGAGCGACCGCAUGGUGGACCCGGCCGGAGUGCGCACUGAGUAUGAGAAAUUCAAAACAAAUGGUCUACAGGCUCAUGAGGGAGAGAUAGGCCAGCUCCAUGAAGAAGGAGAUCGCCUCAUUGACUCAGGACAUCCAGCCAAAGAAGCCGUCCAAGCAUGUCAGAGCAAAAUCCAGUCGGAGUGGCAGCGCUUCCUCAACCUGUGCCUGGCUCAAGAGGAGCACCUGGACAACAUACGGGACUACAAGAAGUUUCAACUGGAUGCAGAGACUUUGUCCAACUCACUGCACAGACUCCACUCCAACCUGGACCCCAAACUAUUGAAGGACAAGAGCAAUCAGGAGGUGGUGCUGGCCAUAGAGGGAGAUGAUCCUGCGCUGCAGAGGAAUGAGCAGCGUCUGUCUGCUCUCAGAGACUUGAGCCGCACUGUGGUACCCCUGAAGCAGAGGUGGAGCACCCCCUCCUCCAGAACCCCUGUGGUGUCACUCUGUAACUGGGUCGUGCCACAGGGCUCAGUGUCCCGUGGGCAGAACCUGACCCUCAGGUCUAAUACAGAUCCAAAGAACUGGGAGGUGCAGGAUGACAGGGGGCAGGUUCUGGCCGUGCCCGGAGCCUGCUUCAUGGUGCCAGCUCCUGACCAGGAGGUCCUCAGCAGAGUGGACAGCCUGCAGAGGGAGCUGUCUGAGUUGAAGGAGCGUAGGGCCAAACUACUGUCCUCCCUGAAGACCUCCACCUUGGAAAAGGUGGCCCCUCAGAAAGCAGUUACCAUAUCCAGUGUCCCAGAUGACCCCAAGGCCAAAGAGCUGGUGAAGAGCCUGGACCAGAUAAACGCAGCCCUGGAGCGGAUCCACAAGGAGAUUCUAAGGAGACUGAGAGAGCCUCUGGACAACCGCAACCCAGGACAGGACCUGGCCACACGCCUGCAGGAGCACGAGAAAACUGCCCUGGCCCUGAACAAGCUGGAGUCUGAGAAGGCUGCUUUGCAGAGAGAGAUGCAGCCCAUCAUUACCCAGAAGCCCCUGGGGCCCACAACCUCCACUCUGCCUGUGAAACUCAGCACCAUCAACAACAGAAUCGAUGACAUCAGCACGCUCAUGGACCUCUACAAGAAGAAAGCGUCAGCCUCCCUGUUCCUGGAGAAGCACAUGCAGAAGGUUGAUGGAAUCGUGUCUGGGUUUGAAGAGAAGUUGGCUAAAAAUGGAGCUAUUCAGAAUAAACCCAAUGCACUGCCUGCUUGCACCCAGGAACUACAGGCUUUAAAGAAAGAUGCAGCCUCUCAGAAGGACGAGCUGAACAAACUGGGGAAGGAGCUGGAGCUGACGGAGCAGGCGUGCAACUCGCUCCAGCAAAACUUCAGCGAGUAUUGCCCCGACAUCCGCCGACAGGAGAACCGGGUCAAAGUGCUCAGGAACCGCUUCAACAACGUCAACACACAACUGAGCGACAGGCUGGCUCUUGUCCAGGAGGCCACCAACAAAAACCAGGACUUCCAGAAUGCCAGUCAGUCUCUGGAUUUCUUCCUCUUCAAUCUGCCCAACAAUACAGUUAAGCCCAGUGAUGAUGCAGCUCAGAUUUCUGCUAAACAGUAUUCCCAAAUGAGAGUGGUGGAGGACAUCGAGAAGAAAUCUGCGGAUCUAGACCGAGUUAAGAAUCUGUCUCGGGAUCUGCAAAACCUCCUUAAUACAUAUGAGGCAAAAUCCAGCACUUACCGGGACACUUUGUACGGCCCAGAGGAAGAUGACGAUGAUGAAAAUGAUGAGGAAGAGGAAGUACUUUCCCUGAACAAACGGCAGCCCUCCACUAUGGCCCAGGCUGUUCAGAAAAAGGAAAAGGAUUUGCUGAAUCUGUAUUCUGAAGUAUCUGCCAAGAACAACCAGCUUCUCAAGCAGCUCAGCACCACAAAGAACAUCAAGGCCAGGAAUGAAGACAUGGCCAAUCAUGUGGUGGUCAUCCAACAGCAGCAGCUCCAGACCCAGCAGAAGGACCUGGAGGCCAGCGACAGCCUGAAGAGAGAGCUGAAUGAGGAGAUCUCCAGACGCAUGCGAGCCGAAAGUGACCUGGAGACUUACACCAAGAGGUUCGUGUCUCUGAAGAGUAGGAGAGGAGUGGAGAGGUUGGAGGAGAAGGAGGUGGUGCAAUACUACCGCGACCCCAAGCUGGAGGUGGAAUUGGAGGCGCUGAGAAGGAAGAUCCAAGAUGAGUCCACGAAGAGGUCCAGAACACACACCGAAAUUGAGAUCCUGAACCAGAGGAUGACUACACUGCAACUGGAGCUGAGCAGGAUUGAGCCCAAACUAAUCACUAAGGUGCUGACAGAAUACGAGAGAGAUCCUGCACUGGAUAGGGAAGCGGCGAGGAUGAGGGAGGAGAUGGAAAGGAUUCGUCUGCAGCUCCAAACGCAAAAUUCCGAGACCAUCCAUGUCAAGACAGAGCUCUCAGUCCUGGCCCAGCAGAAACCCAAGAUCAGGGAGAAGGUGGUGAAGAAGGAGGUGGUGCGGCUGGAAAAGGACCCCGAGAUGCUCAAGUCUGUCCUGACCUUCCAGAAUGAUUUGGCUGACGAGGAAUCUAGGUGUCAGAUCCUCCACGACAACAUCUUUAGUGUGCGCAGUGAGAUCAACAUUCUGGAGAGAGUCAUCCCCACCAUCGAACCAAAGAUAGUCACCAAAGUGGUCAAGAAGGUGGACCAAGACCCAAAUAUGCUAGAGGAGGUUAAGAAACUGCGCAUCUGCCUGGAGGAAGAGAAGGAUGAGAAUGUUAUCUUGAUGAAGGACCUGACCACACUGCAACUACGCUAUGGUGAAAUUGAGAAGAUCAUGCCCAAAGUGGAGAUAAAUGAGAUCAUCAAUGAGCUGUACAGAGUCGAUCCAGAGACCGAGGUGGAGUUGGUACGUCUGAGGAAAGAGCUGCAGGAGUUGAACCGGAACCGCUCGGAGAUUGACAAGGAGAUUAUCUCCAUCACCUCUACACUGUCCACACUACGAGCUCAGAAACCCAAGGUGGAGUAUAAGGAGGUCACCCAAGAGGUGAUCAAACAAGAGAAGAGCCCAGAGGUGCAGAGGGAGCUGCAGAGGCUCACCCACCAGGUGGCCCGUCUCCAAAGCAAUGUGGACUCCACCAUGGAGCUUCUGAUACGCCUCCGCAAGGAGAGAGAUCAGCUGAAGGAGGAGAGGUCCACAGUGGAGACCAAGUUGGUUACAAAAGAGCUAAUCAAAUACGAGGAUGACCCUCUGCUCCUGAAAGAGGCUGACAGGAUGAGGAGGAACCUCAGGGAGGAGAUCCACCAGCGCCGUACAUUGGAGGAGUCCCUCUUUGACCUCCAGAACAUAUACAUCACCCUGGAGAGGCAGAGGCCUGAGGAGAAGAUCAUCACACAGGAGGUGGUGCGCCUCCAGAAGGACCCCAAACAGAUCCAGGAAUAUGAGAAGCUCAACCGGACCGUGGAUGAAGAGGUCAAGGCCAGGAGGAAGCUGGAGCAAGAAGUGCGUCAGCUUCGAGCUCUGCUCCAAGAAAAGGAGAGCAUGUUGACUCAGAUGGACGACAGGCAGAAGAAGAUCCAGGUGGAGGCUGAGCUACGGCAGAUUAAGGCUCGUAUCCUGGAGCUGGAGACCACCACUCCACCAGUGGAAGAAAAGAUCAUUAUUGAGGAGGUACUGAAGGUGGAGAGAGAUCCCAACCUGGAGAAACUCACUGGCGGCAUACGUUUAGAGUUAGAAACUGAGGGCAACGAAAUCAGCCGUCUGGAAAGAGAAAUACGCAACAUCAGGAUUAGACUGGAGAUGUUACAGAAGGAGAAGUCCAUGGAGAAGGUAGUGUACAGAGAGGUGGUUCGUGUGGAGAAAGACCCAACUGUGGAAGCCGAGAGAGAUCUCCUCCGAGACAAGGUAUCACAGGAGAAGAACAAGAGACGGGAUGUGGAGGAUGCUCUGCAGAGCCUCACCCUCAAAAUCACCCAGCUGAUGUCAUCCAAGACUGUGGUCAGCCAGGAGGAGACCAUCCUCAUCACCAACAAAGAAGCGCUUCAGAGGGAGAAGGAGGACUUGCUACGUCAGUUCAGGGCCCUGGAGGCUCAGAGACACAGCAUCAACGUCACCUUCCAACAGCAGUCCAAGCUUGUAAGCGAGAGGACCCUGAUGGCUCGCCAGAGGAGCCUCAAGACUACCACUGAGAUCCAACGACUGGAGAAGGAGAUCCUCAAUGAGAAAGACAAAAUCCACCAAAAGGAGACGAUGAUCAUUGAGCUACAGAACAACAUCCAGAAGGAAGACCAGGCAGAAACUCACACAAGAGAGACCAACAUGUCUACCAGAGUCUCCAUUUUGGAUCCAGAGACAGGCAAAGACUUGUCCCCGUACGAUGCUUACCUGCAAGGUCUGCUCAGCCGUGAACAGUACAUCCACUUGGCUGAGCUGGAGUGCGACUGGGAGGAGAUCACUUCCACGGGUCCAGAGGGAGACUCCUCCAUCAUCCAGGACCGCAAGAGUGGGAAACAGUACUCAGUUAAGGAUGCUCUGAUGGUUGGCCGCCUCAGCGAGUAUGACCUGAACCGAUAUAGGGAUGGCAAAAUGUCCAUCUCUGAGUUUGCUCUUCUGGUCGCAGGAGAAACCAGAGUGCUGCCGAUGCCCCCUCUACCACCUCCAUCGCCCGGUCUGAGGUCUCCCACUAAACUCCAACCCAGCUCCCCGCUCCCCCUCACCUCCACAUCCAGGCUCUCCUCAUAUGGCAGCCUCAACAACCUCAGCGGUAGCCUCAACAGUCUCAGCAGCAGCUUUAACAACCUCAGCAACUUCGGCAGCAGCAACCACCUGAGCAGCAGCACCCAGAACCUCUCCACUUCCACAGCCGGAGAUGAGUUCUUCCCCAUCUCCGGGAUCUACGACAACACCACUGACAGCCGCAUGUCCGUGAGGAGUGCCCUCACCAGGAAAAUCAUUGAUGCGGACACUGCGCUGAAGCUGCUGGAGGCUCAGGCAGCCAGUGGGGGGAUUGUGGACCUCAUGAAGAAAGACAAGCUGUCGGUGCACAAGGCCGCACAGCAGGGCCUUAUUGACCAGUCUCAGAUGUAUAAACUUCUCAACGCCCAGAAGGCCUUCACUGGAGUGGAGGAUCCAGUGACCAAAGAGCGCCUGGCCGUGGGUCCGGCCACUCAAAAGGGCUACAUCCCAGAGGAGAAUGCCAGGAGAUACAUAGAGGCACAAUACCUGACCGGAGGGUUGGUGGACCCCGCAAAAGCCGGACGCCUCUCCCUUGCAGAUGCUCUGGAUGCCAAGCUGAUCGACGAGAACAUGGCCAAGAACCUCCGAGAUGAGUCCCAACACACCAAAGAGCUGCUGGACCCCAUCACCAAGGAGAAGAUUAGCUACAAGCAGGCCAUGGAGCGCUGCAAGAAGGAUGUGACCACGGGCCUGCUCCUCCUGCCCGCCGUCUCCACCGAAGGAAAUGCACCCUCCUACUCCACCUUCAAGUUUGCCUCCGCCACCAGGGUCAUAACCUCCUGAGGACCAAGGACUGUUUUUUAUUGCUUCAUGAAUCAACUUUUGCAUUAUUUUGUAAUGUAAUUUUUGGAAUGCCAUGUUGUUUCAGGGUGUGCCUUUAAGCUCUAUGUAUUAUAUUGCUAACUCUGGAAGAGAAAUCGCGGACAUUAAAAUGUAUAAUUUAAUGCUAAUAUUUUGCCUAUGUUGUCAAUUAUUUUUUAAGUACAUAUAAAAAAAUCUAAGCAAAUUUACAGAAAUUUGUAAAUAGUUAGUUUUGGCCCUAACAUCAGUAUAUAUAUAUAUAUAUCUAUCACAUGACAAUACAACAUUUAAUUUUUUUGUAUAUUGUAUAUUUAAGAUGGAUGCAUAUAAAGUUGCAAUAAAAUUACUUGCAGAUUUUAAAGCUCCAGUACAUAACUUUUUAGCCAAAAAUUAAAUUAAAAUAAAAUAAUGUGU